AUGAUAAUUAGAGCAGAUAACGCAAAGUCGUUUGUAAACAAGGACGUGACCGACUUGCUCCGUCAAUACAACACAAGGCUGCACACGUCAACUCCUUACUAUCCCAAAGGGAAUGGGCAGGAGGAAGCAACAAAUAAAACGAUCAUCCGCAUCCUUAGCAGAAUAGUGCAUGAUCAUCACAGAGAAUGGAAUGAGCAGCUGCCAAUUGCACUCUGGGCAUAUAAGAUAUUAAAGCGCAGCUCCACAGGAGCAUCACCUUAUUCACUAGUCUAUGGAGAAGAUGCAAUACUACCUGCAGAAAUAGCGAUCCCGUCUGCAAGAAUAGCAAUGGAUAGCCACACUACACCCGAUGAAAUAAGCCGCUUCGCUCAUUUAUACACAUUAGAAGAGAGGAAAACACGAGCAGAGAGAUUCGCAGAAGCUUAUAGAAAACGCGCAACUAAUUACUACAACCAGAGCGUAAAGGAAAGGACAUUCAAGGUGGAUGAAUUGGUCUUACAAAUCGCCCCUCACGUCCAAAGAAAUGCCAACGCUGGGAAGUUCGCUGCGAAUUGGGAAGGCCCCUUCAUGAUAAGGAAAGUGGCAGAAAGCGGAUACUACAAGCUCAUACGUAUGAACGGAACCAAAGUCAAAACGCCUAUCAAUGGCAAGUGGCUGAAAAAAAUUUGCGCAUAA